AUGUCAUUCCGAGGAGACGGCGGUCGCCGGUAUGGCCAUGUGCCCCCGAUACAGUAUCCAGUCCCCGGGCAGGAGCAGCAUGCCUACCCUGCGAGGGCAAAUAGCUUCAACGCCGGCGACGAUGCUCCCCUCAUCGACCCCGACCGCCAGGGAGACGCCGACCCGACCAGGCAAGCCGAACUGUUCAUGUCCAGUCCAACAGGAUCGUCCGGCCAUCAACGGUACCAGAGCCAGGCCCCUCCGACCCCGUCGACAUACAACCCACAAGACUUUGGAAGAUCGCAAUCAACUCUGCCUUACCACCCCGCUUCAAGGUAUGCUUCACCCACCGCGCCCGCCGCGACGAGCUACACUCCCCAGCCCACGAGCUACACACCUCCCACCUACGAUCCCUCGGCCUACGCAAGUGUCUCUUCACCCCAGCGGCAGCCGCCCUAUCAAGGCUACACCUCAUUUGCCCACAACUACACCAAUUCCACAGUGUCCCAACCUCAAGCCGCCCCGUACGGCCAGCCGGUCAACCCUCCCUACAGCCCUACCUACAAUCACGGGAGCACAUCUCCACAAGUACUUCAGUCACCAGGUAGUAAUCCGCAGUACGGGAGCAGCCUACCCAGUCCUGGCCAAUACUCAACCCAUUCAACGCCGUCUAUCGCCUCAACAGGGUUCCACUCGACCUGGGCGGGCAACUACCCAUCUAACGGCACCACAUCCCCCCAAGGCUCCUACACAGCACAGGCACCGUACCCGAACUACAUCCAAAUGCCGGUCGGCCCGAAUUACUCUGCAGCAGAUCCCAAUGCUUUCAUCAGCGACAACAGGUCUCGCUCCAACUCGCAGAUGUCUGCGCUUCCGUCGCCGCCUCCACAUACUCAACCCGGAGGUGUCACGAGACAUCCAACGAAUGCGCCCCUUCCGAGCCGACCCGUGGAGUACGCCCCUGAGGAUGAUGAAUGGAACCCUAUCGACGACUACAUGACGCAAGAUAGUCUUAUGCAGGACAUCGAGGCUGAGUUGGGAGGGAAUGCCAACACGCAACGGCCCAGACCGAUCAAUGGCAACAACUUGUCCGAUGAUGAUCUAGACCGGCUCAGGAGGUAUGAUUCGCGCGCGUCAACCGUGCAAGGGCCCGGUGGCAGUGGUGGAGUCAGGCGGUAUGAUUCGAACGCAUCAACGCUGAACCAUGACAACGCGACGGCUACCUAUGAUUGGGAGGACGACGAGAGUGACCAGGAGGGCGCGGCUGGUCUUGCGCAGAUGGAGAAGGACCUGGAGGAAGAGCGACGAUUUAGCGGCAACACACCUCUCUCAACAACAUCAUCCGCUCUGCCAAUCAUGGGCCAGUCAUUGCCGACACCUGCCGAGGAGCAGGUCAGCGGCAGCGAUGUUGAAUAUGCCGCCGGGAUGGACAUCGGGCUCUUCAGCGGUGGCUAUGCCGGUAACUUGACUUAUGGGAAUGAUGUGACGCCUCCUCCGAUGAGGACAACGUCGCUGCAGAACCGGGAGCGGCCCUUACCACCACCGCCAGUCGACCAAGAUCCACCAUAUCCGGACGACGACAGCGAUGCAGACUACGGUGCGGCCAUGGAUUAUGGUGGUACUGGUGGUUUGCAAGCUCCAACGACCCAGCGGCUCAGCUUUGACGAAGGAGACGAGCGUGUGUCCCUGCACUCCAGGGCAAGCGCUAGUGAAUCGCCCGUCAAGGAGGAUCUUCCGGACCUUUUCUUUCAUCCUGGGCUCUCAAAUCGGCCAUUACCUGCAUUGCCACCCGGGUCCGACACGAGUUCGUUGCUAUCAGUGCAGUCGCCCAAUCGUGCACCGUACCAGCAUGGCUAUUCACUCAGUGCUGACUCGAGAGCGGCUGGCCCCGAUGGCCAACUCACAACGCAACAGCAGGUCGAGAGGUCGAUAUCGCUGUCCAGCCACAGCAAUACGCCGCAUGUCCAAGUGCCUGGACGGUCAAGAACUGACGCAGCAGAAGAGAGGAAGAAGGCACUCAGGGCCCAACAGCAACAACAACUUGGGUUGCACCCCGGAACUCUUCACGAGGGCUACGAGUCCGGCACACCAUCCUCCGUUGCUUACGAUUUAAUCACCCUCCCAACCGGACGGAAGAAGAGAUUUAUACCAGAGAAAUUGUCCUCGUCAGACAUUCGACGUUGCGUCGAGCCUUGGGCGCUGAGCAGCAUCGCCGCUUGGCUUCGUGAGAUGGCUGAGGGCGAGCCUGACCUGAAGCGAAAGUCCAUCGAAGACGGCCUGGUGAAGCUCUUCACGACAAAGGUGCCGACUAUGAAUGUCGCCGAUGCAGAAACACUGAGCACUAUGGUCACGGAUCGUCUGUACGAUGCUGGCAUCCUCAUCGAGGAGGAAGAAUGGGCCAAGUUUGGCCCUGGAUCUUUGUCCGGCGUUCUAUGGCAGUUAACGGGCUCCGGAUGCUAUGCGUCGAAGCUUCAUGAAAUCGAGAUCUCCGGCAGAUGUUAUUCUCACCACUGCACGAGGACACUCAAGAAGGCCAGUCUCGACGACCUCAUGACGGAGGAGUCAACGACGCAUGCCGAUUGGGCCACUUACUACAAACUUGACAAGAGUAUGGUCGAGGAUAAGGGGCCGAAGGAGAUUGAACGGCAAAACAUCCUCCACGAGGUUGUUACCGGCGAAGAGGAUUAUAUGAGUCAACUAGACGUCAUCCGUCUUCUCUACAAAGAUCAGCUACGUGCAUGGCAGCCGCCUAUCAUCCCUCCUGCAAAGAUCAACGGUUUCGUGGAAAAGGUUUUUGGGAAGUUCGACGCGAUUCAACAAGUCAACAAGGAAUACUUGCUCGCCCAGUUGAAGUACCGUCAAAAUGAGCAAGGGCCCUGGAUCGUCGGUUACUCUGACAUUUUCCGAGAGUGGAUUCGCAAAGCAGAGCAGCCUUACCUGGAGUUCUCCACGGCCUACCCUCUAGCCCAGCUAGCGGUGCGUAAGGAGGCCUCACGCAACGUGCUGUUCGCCCAGUUCCUAGAGCAUGUGCGCGGCCACAAGCGAUCGAAUCGUCUGGGUUGGGAUACCUUCCUGAAGUCGCCUAUCACGCGUCUGCAGAGGUAUAGUCUUCUCUUAGCGACUUGCUUGAGGAAAAUGGUACAAGACAGCGAAGAGAAGACGAAUUUGAUCAAGGCAAUCGAGGAGAUCAAAGCAGUCACUAUGAAGUGUGACGAAGCAGUUGCCCGCAGCAAGGGCAAAGUUGAUCUCCAUACUCUCCAAACAGCCUUGAUUCUGCGGCCCGGGUUCCAGUCGGUCCUUAAUCUGGAUCACCUUGGCAGACAGCUAAUACACAGAGGCGACCUGACGAGGAUGGGAUCCAAAGGCGUGCGAUGGGUCGACACACAUGCUCUGCUUUUCGACCACUAUUUCAUCCUGGCGAAGGAGUACCCCUCCAAGGAUGGUCGAGACAAGAAAUAUGACGUGUCGAAAGAGCCAAUUCCUAUGCCUUUGCUUUUCCUCGAGAGUAAGGACGAUGCGGCCAUAUCGAAGCAAAAGGGCAUCACGGCUCCUUUGGCACGCAAUGCGGCCGUCGCCAACGGCCCUGGGGCAGCUGUCAACAAGACUCUCACCGGUGUCUCGGAUCGUCCUGUGCUGGAACACAGCCAAUCAGGGUCCUCGAUGAGCUCUAUCUCUCGCAUUAACACUGCGAGUUCUGAUCCGGACAACAUUCUGUGGCCUUUCAGGGUGAAGCACCUUGGUCAUGAGGUGUACACUCUGUUUGCGAAGUCUGAAAACGAGCGGACGGCUUGGUGUACGAAGAUUAUCGAGGCUAAAGAGCAGCAUGCACGGGCUUUGCAUGCACAGAAUGCUGAACCGUUCCGUCUGCGUGUCCUGGCUGACGGCGCCUUUGCUUACGACUCAUUCUCUAUAGCGGGCAAGGCACCAGGUGUUGCUAUUCAGGGCACUCCCCUGGAUCGGGCCAUCCGCGAGAUCGAGCAAGUUUAUGGCACUGGCCGGCCGCCACCUGUCUGCAGGGCUUCGGUGAACUGCGCCACGACAUUCACAGCAUUUGGCAAGUCCUUGAUCGCGAUAGGGACGGACUAUGGCGUAUUUAUCUCCGAGGCAUCCAAUCCGCGUGGAUGGACGAGGUCUGUCCAAAUCAGUAGGGUGACACAGAUCGCAGUCCUCGAGGAGUUCUCCGUUUGUCUAGUCACAGCAGAUAGGUCCCUGAUCGCAUACCCUCUGGAGGUCAUCGCACCGACAUCCAACUUCCCCGCCUCUGGUAACGAUAGUGCCCGCAAGGCACCGCAACGCCUAGCCAAAGACGUGACCUUCUUCGCAACGGCGCGCAUGAAGGAGCGCACGCUCGUCUUCUACAAGCGCAAAGAAGGCAUGCACACGACUUUCAAGGUCCUCGAACCUGUGUUCCAGCGAUCCUCGGAAAAGCGGCCACGGAUCUUCGGCGGACGGCGCGGCGGAGCCGGUUCCACGGAGACGUUCCGCGACUUUGACGAGUUCUACCUCCCAACAGAAUGCUACUCGCUCAAUCUGUUUCAGUCGUACAUUGCAGUGGCAACGGCCAAGGGAUUCGAGAUGUUGACUCUGGACAAGAAGCAGACCAUGUCUGUGCCUAGUGGGCUCAACAUGCCGGCCAUUGCUAACAUCGCCAACCGUAUCCGUGACCAGCGCCCGCUGGGCAUGUUCAAGCUAAAUGACCAGGAGUUCCUGCUCGCAUACGAAGACUGUGCCGUGUAUGUCGACAAACACGGUGAGAUCUCUAGGACGUUGAUCAUGGAGUACUCGGGCAAGCAGAAGAAGGCUAGGGGCGCGACCAUGUUCGGGCAGUACCUGCUCCUCUUCAACGAGGACUACGUGGAGGUGCGCAACGCUGAGAACGGACGGCUGAGGCAGAUCGUGGCCGGGCGCGACGUCCGCGUCCUAGACCAAGGCUGCCGCGGCCCCACCGGGCUUGGUGGCGUCGGCGCGGGCGCUGUGACGGCCGGCUCGGCCGACUCCAAAGGCACGGUCAAGAUCGCCAUGAGCCACCCCGAAUCGAAGCCGGGCUCGACAGGCGUGCAAAUCGUGCUGGAGCUGUUACUCAACGAUGGGCACGACAAGGCUACCUAG